GUCAGUGGUCAGUGGAGACAUACAGGUGUAAAAUACCUGGCUCUACAUACACGGGUGUACAAAGUCAAGGUGCAACAUCAAGUCGGUCCGUUACAUACGCAGGGCAUAUGAGGCCGCCUAUAGCUGCAGCGACUCAGUGUAGGGUGGAAAAGCCGGGCGUACUCAGGGUGCAUCGGCAUUCUUUUCCAGGUGAAAAUCUGCCCUGUCACUCUCGGACUUGUUGUCGAGGUAGCCUAUUAAGACGAUAGCGACUCGUGUCUCACGCAAACUGUGGAGCUCAUAUUGCAAACAUGCUGGUCUAUAUACUACACCAUACUGAGGCAUGAAUAAUAGGGUCCUGUCUCUUUCAGUAUGCCUAAAUCCCAAUCGACCAUGACCGAGACAAUCGCUGCUGAGGAGACAAAGCCUAGGGUGCCGGGGUACUGUUCUUACAGAUGGGCCAUCUCAUUCGUCGGCUUUCUGGGUUUCAUUUUUGUGUACGCGUUUCGGAUAAAUCUCAGUCUGGCCAUCGUAUGUAUGGUGAAGGUGACCAACACUUCUACGGGAACUGGAAGCUGGAGUGAAGCUAUUAAUGGCAGUUUGGUAGAAUACUCAAAUUCCUCGGAAAGCUGCAUAGCGGAAAUGGAAACGCAAACUACUCCAAAUAGAGGGGAGUUUGAUUGGGAUAAGCGGCUUCAGUCCCGGCUCUUGGCAGCAUUUUUCUAUGGUUACAUCGUCACCCCUAUACCAGGUGGCUGGUUAGCACGGAAGGUCGGCUGUCGGAAAGUCCUUGGCGUUGGAAUGUUCCUCUGUAUUCUCUCCACAGUUCUCGUUCCUGUGUGUGCGAGAAUCAACGUCAAUCUCGUGUUUUUCUUGCGGAUUGUUGCUGGACUUACUUCAGGGGUUUCUUUUCCUGCCAUGCACUGUCUGUGGGGUCGCUGGGCUCCGCCGUUAGAGAGAAGCAAGCUGAUGGCUCUGUGUUAUUCAGGUUCGUCUCUGGGGAAUAUCUUAACCUUGGCUUUCUCAGGCUUGCUGUGUGCAAAUGGGUUCGAUAAUGGAUGGGGAUCAAUCUUCUACAUAUUUGGUGCGGCAUCCUUAAUAUGGUUAUUCCUCUGGAUCUACUUAGUUUAUGACACGCCUCGGGAUCAUCCGAGAAUAAGCGAGAUAGAGCGUGAUUACAUCGAGGAAGCGAUUGGCGAUAAUGCGGCCAUUAGUGACCGUCGGCGCCGCACUCCGUGGCUAGCCAUGUUGAAGUCGCCAGCACUCUGGGCCUGUGUGACAGCUCACUUCUGUAAUAACUGGACUAACUACACCUUGCUCACCGCCCUGCCCACCUACAUGAAGGAGGUGCUCAAGUUUGAUAUAAAACAGAAUGGCUUCCUUUCCGCCGUGCCUUAUGUUUGUCAAUUCAUAUCUUCGGUACUUUCCGGACAAGUUGCCGAUUUUCUCCGAGAACAGAAAAUUCUCACGACGAGGUCAACUAGACGAGUUAUGCAAGUCACAGCUUUCGUUGGCGCAGCUGUUUUCUUAGUAGCCACUGGAUUUGUGCAGUGUGAAAACCGUAUGUUGGCUGUUGUCUUCCUCUCAUUGGCUGUUACCUUCAAGGGGCUCGAAAGGGGUGGAUACAUGGCAAAUCAUGUCGACUUUGGACCAAGAUUCGCUGGAGAGUUGUACGGUAUCACUAACACAGUGGCGACAAUCCCGGGUAUGGUCACACCCUUAGUGAGUGGAGCGCUUACUCCAAACAAAACUCAAGAAGAAUGGCAGCUGGUGUUCUUUCUGUGCGCAGGCGUGGCGAUGCUUGGUGCUUUGGUAUUCGGGACUCUUGUCCGAGGAAAUGUCCAAGAAUGGGCACUGCUCACAAAACCUACGGAUACAGAACUACAUUUGAACGCCAAAGACUCUGAAGCGCUGACAAACGGACAUGAUAGCUGUAAUAAUAAAAAGAACUUUGUUUAA